GAUGCUGUUGCUGAUGCUGUUGCCCGGCGCCUUGUAUCCGUGCAGCCAGACAGCGGUAACCGGUCCAACCGUCAGCAACAGAGAAGAAGACAGGGAGAGAGGGGGAUUGAGAAGGAUCUUCAGCUUCCCUGGAGAGUUACAUACGCAGUGAGAAGAUGACUCUGGCAGCCUACAAAGAGAAGGUCAAAGAGCUCCCCCUGGUGUCUCUAUUCUGCUCCUGCCUAAACCCACAGACUGCAGAAAAAACAACAUACAAGGCAGAAGAUGCAGUGGACCUGGGUUGGUGCGUCAUCAAAGAUGUGGAGGUGAUUGAGAUAAACAAACGGGCUUCGGGCCAGGCCUUCGAGGUCAUCCUUAAGCCCCCCUCCUUUGACGGCGUGCCAGAGCUCAAUACUUCUAUGCCACAGCGCCGUGACCCGUCCCUGGAGGAGAUCCAGAAGAAGCUGGAGGCUGCGGAGGAAAGGCGGAAGUGCCAGGAGGCUGAGCUGCUGAAGCACCUGGCCGAGAAGAGGGAGCAUGAGCGAGAGGUGAUCCAGAAGGCGUUUGAGGAGAACAACAACUUCAUCAAGAAUGCCAAGGAAAAGCUCGAGCAGAAGAUGGAGGCCAACAAGGAGAACCGGGAGGCUCUGCUCGCCGCCAUGCUGGAGAGGCUGCAGGAGAAGGACAAGCACGCAGAAGAAGUGAGGAAGAACAAGGAGAUGAAGGAGGAAGCCUGCCGAUAGAUGAGAUCAGCUGGGGAAGACAGAAGAGAACGAGGUGGACUGGGGACUUUCAAAGAUGGUAAAAAAAAAAAAAAAUCAAAACAGUGCAGGAAAGAAAAAAAAAGAACUCAAUAACUGGAAAAAAAAAGGCAAAUUUUCACAUUAAAUGUUAUCGUUCUGAACAAGCUGUACAAAGUUAAGCCAAAUCUUGAUGUUGAAAAUACGAGAAGUGUUGAAAAAAAAUCUCUUCUUUUUUCUUAAGGAAAUUUGGUGGUGUGGUGUGGAAGGGGAGGGGGGGGGUAAUGAUUGUCUGGUGAGGAAUGAAACCUCCAUCAUGGAUGAGGUAAAUGCUAAAUCAUAGGCUCUCUGGUUACAAUAAUUCUUUCAGACAGGAAGCAGGAAACUAAAACGGUUUGUGAUCUGCUUAAAGUGCUCUCUUUCCAUUUGGUUGUAUCAAAAAGUGUCACUGAAUACAACUUGUUUGGCAGCAGCUAUUUACACUGUUCCCUCCAGCGUUACCAUGACUACGGAGGUGGGCGUUAUCAUUUACAUAUUUCCCUGGAUGCACAGAUGUAGUUAAGGGGCUCAUUUCCUUUCAAAUCAAUUUAAAAUACAGAGCUUCUUUUUACAGGAUAUCAGCCAGACAUAUAAACAGGACACAACUUACAUAAUUCUGCUGUUUUCUACUAAAUAGAAAGGUUUCCCCCUGGCCCACCACUCUCAUGCUGAUUCGUCUCUGCACAGUUUAUGGGUGUUUUUGGUUUGGGAUAGUCUGCGUGUGCUGAACUCGGUGAAUCUCUCAGUAUGGUUAAUGAAUAUAAAAAAGGAGCAUCAGGUUUACUGUAUGUUUGUCUCUACAGAGCUCUCGGGAAGUAAAAGAAACAAAAAAAAAAACAUAAAAAGGAGGAUGCUUUCCUGUAUUCUGCCAUCAGGCUCUUAGUGAAACUUUAACUAGUAGUGUAGUUGUAGAUCAGUGACAUGCAUUUGAGACUCUUAGAUUUAGAGCACUGUUUGCACUCUUUUUUUCAUUAAGCACAAAUCAAAAGCACACACGCAUAUACAUGAAGGCAGGCUCAUAUAUAUACACACAGUCUAAACAACAAUAACAUCACAAGGAAAGUACAGGAUUCAGACAUAUUUGGCUUUGAAUGUACAACUUUUGGGGGUUUCUGGCUAACCAGCGGUCUCCCUUCGCGUUGGCAUGAGUCACACAAGUAUCCGUUUAUGAUUUGAGAGGGGAGUGAAACCCAUUGGAGUAAAAAGAAAGGUGAAAUUUGCUCGAGUUGUUGAGUCAUACUGACUUGAUUGAAGCGUCUAAAAUGUUUGCACUGUCACUGGGAGGUUGUAAACGUGGGAUUUGUACUUGCUGUAAUUGUGUGUUGCUGUAUAUCCUAAACGGCUGGAUUGAUUGUAAUUAUUUGGCAUGGUCAGUAAAAACUGCUUGACUGAAUAAACAUGUUGUCCUUC